AUGAAGAAGCAGAAUACUUGUGAAGAUUUAACCACCAUGGACUUCCCUGAACAUUUUAGAUGUCCAAUUUCCAUGGAGCUCAUGAAGGACCCCGUGACAAUCUGUACCGGGGUCACUUACGAGCGAAAAUUCAUCGAAAAGUGGCUCAUCACAUACGAGAAGAAAACAUGUCCAGCCACUAUGCAACCCGUUGAAAGUCUCGAAAUGACUCCAAAUCAUACCCUCAAGAGGCUCAUCCAAGUAUGGCAAGAUGGCCGGAAAUCGAAAUCAUCGGGUUGUUCAUCCUCGUCAUCACCGGCACGCGACAUCAGGCACGAAGAGUUGGUUUCUCUACUCAGAACUAUUGAGUCAACUCCAUUCAAGGUUAGUCCUUUGAAAAAACUUAGGUCAAUGGUAGAGGUUCAUGGAGAUGAUGAUGAUGAUGAAAUGAGGCUUGAGUUUAAGAAAUCGGGUGGUGUGGAAGUUGUUAUUAAAAUUCUUGUACAAAUUUUAGUUGAUAGUGGUUCGGACUUCUCCUCAUUUCGCGCUUCUGAAGAAGCGAUCGGUUUAUUGAAUCAGUUAAUCCAGUCAACCGAUCAUCGUAAUAAUCGCGAAGAGGUAAAAGAAGAAGAAGAAGAUCAUAGUACAUUUGAGUUACUAAUGAAGCCCGAGUGUAUAAAAUCAUUCACAAUCAUGCUUCAAAGGGGUAGCGCCGAUACCCGUUUUUCCAUCGUUUCCUUAUUCCAGAAAAUGGCAAAAUCCGAUCGUCAUUGGAACCAUGCCAUAAUUAAAGGUCAAGGAAUAGAUUUCUUCAAAUCCCUUUUGGAAAUCGUGUCCGAUGAGAUGUCUGGAAAGGCUAGUUCAUGUGCAUUACAAGUUUUGAUCGACGUGCUCGAUGCAUCCAAGAGGAGUCGGGUCAAAGCCAUCGAAGCCGGGGCGGUUUGUACUCUGAUUGAGCUUUUACCCGAUUCAAACAAGUCCAAAUGUGAAAGGAUCAUGCUCUUGCUAAAGGUGUUAUGUGAAUGCGCUGAAGGAAGGCUGGCUUUCAUUGAACAUGGACUUGGAGUUUCGGCGAUCUCUAAGAAAAUGUGGAAAGUUUCAAGUGCUGCUACAAAAUUAGGGGUCAAGAUUUUGUGGCUCAUUUGUGGAUCCAAUCCAACAGAAAGAGUUUUGGAGGAAAUGUUGAUGUGUGGAACGGUGAAGAAGCUAGUGGUUUUGCUUCAUAUGGGUGGAUCAUCAUCAACAAAGAAUAGAAUUGUAAGGAUUUUUAAGUGCCAUAGUAAUUUUUGGAAGAAAUAUCCUUGUUUUCCUAGUGAUGUUAAGGAAUAUUUGGGCUUGGGGCAUGAUGUUUGCUAGAUACAUGUUCAUCAUCUGAUUAUACAAAUGUAAAUUAAUUAAGGUGAAUUUUGUAAGUUUUUUCUUUUUCUUGAUGUAGAUAUCAUAAAAAAAACAUCAUCUUGAAUACUUAUAAAUUUCCAAUGUUUUCUCGAGU